AUGGCCACCGUUGACACUCUUAAGAUUGAGGAACUAUCCCUCGGCACACCCUCCGUGCUACCAGAGCCAGAGGACCGACAGAAAACCCCUCAUCCCGAGCCUGCUCGUUGCCCCGCCUCUGGUGCCCUCGCCAACGACUCGAAUCAAGCUGUCUGCCCCGUCACUGGUGCAUCUGCACCCCCGAAUGGCGAGCCAUCGACCCAAGAGGUUGAUCCAGAUCUCCUGCGGACCUCCAUCUCCACGCGAAUGACCUACCUGAAGGACUUCCUCGGCUUUAAACGCUACGACCAGGAUGUCCUCAACAAGGUUGCACCACUGAUCUACGAAUCGAUACCCACCAUCGUCGACCAGCUCUACUCUAAGCUAUUCGAGUUUGAUUUGACGAAGCAGGUGUUCCUCGAACGGAACGAUGGAUUCGAUGGCCCACUGCCCAGAAGUCUAGAAGACCUCACACUAGACUCUCCUCAACUUGUCUAUCGGAAGGUCUUCAUGAAAGCCUGGGCACGCCGGAUACUGACUUCCGACUUCACCUCUGUCAAGACCUUCCAAUACCUCGACAAGGUCGGAGUCAUGCACACUGGCGUCAAGAGCUUCAAGCACCGGGCGCACGUAUCACCCUUACACGUCCCAUAUCGGGAUUGUGCCCUGACACUGGGCUGGGUUCUCACCGUUCUUCAAACAGCCAUUCUUUCUCUCGACGAAGAGAAGCUCUCUGCUAAAGACAAGAUAGACGCUAUCGCCGCAAUCAACAAGGUGAUAUGGAUGCAAAACGACCUCUUCGCUAGACAUUACAUACCAGGAGAGUGA